AUGGCGGUAUCUGCAAGAGCCUCCCGUGCUCUGCUGUUCAUGCGCCAUUGCCGGCGCUCGUCCCUGCCGGUGGUCCCAACAACCAGCCGCCAUUCUUCAUCCCACGCCGCAUCAUCCGCUUCAUCGCCCUACGCACCCUCAAACUUCACCCGCGAGGCACCACCUACUCCUUCAGCGGCAUCAACGUCCAAGCCGGACAGGACGUCCUACGAUACCUUCCCAUCUCCCUCAUCUUCUUCCAUCCUCUCCUCCCUCCCCACCCCCCGACCUCUCUACGCCCAUCCGAAAUCCCGUUCCCCCCCACCAGCACCACCCGUCGAAAUCCCCGGCACCCGACUGACGGCUACCUCAUGGCUCCUCUCGCUGGUUGGCAUUUCUCCAAAACCGUCCGCGUCGUACACGCCCGCGCCCUUCCGCGUGACCAACAAUCCGUACCGCGCCCGCAAGAAGUGGCCGCCGGACUUUCGCAACCUCGACCCGAAGCAGCAGUUCCAUUUUGAGAAGACGUACAGGAGGAGGGCUGCAUUGAAGUGGGCACGCCCCCGGUGGAACAAGGCCAUCAAGUUGCUACAACAAACGUUGAUCACCGCGACACUCAUCUAUUUUGUCUUCAUUUGCGAGCCGAGUCAUGGGCAGGGCACGCCGUUUGACGGGUUUCGUAUAUGGUUCUUUGAUAAGCUGGGAAAUUUGGGGCAGUUGCCGGAAUCCACUAGAGAGGAGGCGGAUAAGUUGAGCGAGGAAGCAAAGAAAAGGAUGAAACCUCGUGUUGAAACGUCUCCUACGACUGCCUCAUCUUGA